GAGCUCCAUGAACGAGCUGACUCAACUUACUUGCCCACUGACUGUGUUUUAAGAGAUAUGUAUAUGUACAGUUCAUGUAUUAAUUGUCAUUAGUCAUUUCUCCACAUCAAAAUUGCAAAACCUCUUCCUCCCCCAGGGCCGACAGCAAAGUUAAACUAGGUUUGGGGACAGAAUAAAAAAAAAAAAGUCAUGUUUACUUUUCAAUUUUCCCGCCACCCCCUGCCCAUACGUAAUGAUGAAAAUUGCAAAUUUUAGUAAUUUAGUAUAUCCUCUUGUAUAUGUUUGUCUAAUUUAGACGAAUCAUCUAAAAUGGAGUUGAUCUUUGAAAGAGAUCUCAAAUCAGCCAAAAUUACCUGAAAAUAGUCAGGUAUUAUUUGUUUGCCCAGCUCUAGGUUGUGAACACGGUUGCUUGUCGUAGAGUGUUCCUCCCCUCAGUUCUUCUAUGAUUUAUCCAUCCUGGUGUGCUGAUGAGGUGAGACGUGUCAUAAAAAGAUGACAUAACCGGUGCCGGUAUUGAGGUGGUGGACUCUUUUAUUUUACAGCCGGAGUGGAUCAGAUGCAACAGUGGCUGUAAAACUUCAUGUCAUAUUAGUGCAGAUCGCUGCUGGAUUUCAGGCCAGCCACCUGCUCCAUUACUAUUUCAUCCCUAGAAAGUAUAAGAGACGUACAGCGGACAUUAUGCUGGUGUUAUUUUAAGUCUUUCAUACUUUGUGAUAACGGCAAUGGAAAGCUAGUCAAAACCUUUUUUUUUAAAUUUUCAUCAGUCACUGGAGUGCACAUUAGUCACUAUUCACUACAAUGGACAGAUAUUCAAAGUUUUUUUUUUCUAUAUGCCGUAGCCACUGCAUGGAAUAGCUAAUUAAAAACAGUUGCAUCAAUCAAUAAUAAGGAUAAUUUUUUUUAGACCGAUACAAGUAUUCGCUCUUCCGUACUCACUGAUACCAAGCACCAAUACUACCAGUACUUGUGAUACCUGAAAUUUUAGCCCAGUACAGUGACCCAGUACGGGAGCAAAUUGCAUGGGGUACGUGGAAACAUUAGUAUGCCCAAAAUGAGAUUUGAAUAUGCUCAUUCAUUUCAUAAAUCUGGUAUUCACUGCAGUGAAUGAUGCGCACCAAUGUUAUCGAGAGAGACGCGCUCGUACUGUAAUCUCAAGGUUUUUUUUGUUUUGUUUUGGUCUUGAUAAAUGAUAGACUAAACUUGAUUAACGUAAAUAAGAAACGAUCUUGCCAUGUUCGGGAACUUGUGAAGUCAAACCGCUGUUGGGAGUUUGGGUUUUGUUUCUUUGCUGCAGUGUUGGUGGUGAAAACCGCGGGGACGGACGCCCUUCAGCCGCGUCGGAUGUGCGCACCGCUGGAGGCAGUGGCGCUGCAGACCGGUUCUUGGCUACUCUCUUCUGGAUUAACAAGCGCGGGGGGGCUUGGAGAGGAGGAGAGAGGAAGAAGAGCUGCUGGGUGGCAAUGUGAGCCAAGUCUGCACAGAGACAACAAACCCUCCCCAAAGUAUGCGCGACGGCUGCGGUGGAGCCGGUGCGGGCGGGGGUGGCUGGACGUCCGCUUGACACAGGUGGAUGCGUAGCGAGCAGCGCGGCACCUCAUCGCCGCGAGGGGAGGCGCACCAGGCGGCUGCGGCGUCAAGCUUGCGUCGGUGUGCUCCCAGAACGUUUUGGGAGCGCAGCUCAGCUCAGCCCUCUUCUUCUUCAUUUUUGUGAGCGAGUGGACGAUUGAGCAAGAGGAGCUCUCCGUGCGACAGCAUGUCUAAGGAGGCGAGAGGAAGAGGUUCGUCACGGAAGCAGAGCGCCACCCACUGGUGUCUGCAGAAUAUCGCGCAAGAAUCUGUGGACAGCUCGGAUGAAGAAUUUUUCGACGCCCGAGCAGAUGUGAUGGAGGGCAAAAGUGCCAUGCUGCUGGGCAUGAGUCAGUGGAACUCCAACGACCUGGUGGAGCAGAUUGAGACAUUGGGACACAUGGACCCAUCUCAUGAGGGUCUUUAUCGGUUGGGUGAUCCACGCUGUGUGCCACAAAGCAGCAUUGAAGGACUUGAGGACAUAGAGAAUUCCAAAUGUCGGACGCACGUGCUGCUUCUGGUGGUGCACGGUGGGAACAUCCUGGACACGGUGGGCGGUGACCCCAGCGCUAAGGCAGGCGACGUGGCUACCCUGGCGUCCGUGCUCAACAAGGUGACACGGGCGCACUUCCAGGCCGCCGCUGAGCAUGUGAUGAUCAAAUUGGUGCCGUGCCCUGCUGUGUGUGCUGAAGCCUUCUCGCUGGUGUCCAAUCUCAACCCGUAUAGCUACGACGAGAGCUGCGUGUCGAGCAGCGUGGACCACCUGCCGCUGGCCGCCCUGCCGCUGCUUGCCAUCGUCUCACCACGCUACCAGGACGCCGUCGCCACCGUCAUCGCCCGCGCCAACCAGGUCUACCGCAGUUUCUUGGAGUCUGAUGAUGGCCAGGGCUUCACGGGACAGGUGUGCCUAAUGGGCGACUGCGUGGGUGGCGUGUUGUGUUUUGAUGCCCUGUGCUUCAGCAACCAACAAAGACCUGGCAGCCCAAACGACAACACCACCAGUGGCAGCAGGAACAACAGCACCGAAAGCCUCAAGGAAAACCCAGGCCUACUUGGAGAGUCUAGUCCUAGUUUAAGCUCCAGCAAAAGGCUUAGUAAGAGCAACAUCGACAUCUCGGCACCCAAUGAAGGCUGUUGCCAGGGUCCGCCGUCCCUCUGCCGCAAGCAGAGCGACUCGUACGACGGUGACACGUCAUCCACCGGCCAGCACGUCUUCUUUUCCAGUCUGAUAAAGGAGAACGCAGAGGUUCGCGCCAGCAGUAGCAGCAGCCCCAGUCUGCUGAUCAACCCCGGACGCUUUGACUUUGACGUAUCAUACUGCUUCCUGCUGGGUUGUCCGCUGGGUCUGGUGCUGGCCAUGCGUCGCACCGUGCUGCCCACCGUUCGGGUGCAUCAGCUCCAUCCGGCCUGCUCUCAGAUCUUCAACCUGUUCUUCCCAUCGGACCCUUCAGCCUCCAGGCUGGAGCCUCUUCUGCAGCCUCUUUUUCACAAGCUGCCACCCUUCGCCGUGCCACGCUACCAGCGCCACCCUCUAGGCGACGGGCGCUCCUUGGUCAUAGGCGAGAGUAUCCAGGGCCAUCCCGACGUGUUUCUGGAGGGCGAGCAGACCCCCACAGUCCCUCAGUCGUCCUCCGAGGAAGGAGGUCGGCGGGCCAGCCUGACCAGCAUGGAGAGCCAAAUGUCCAUCGGCUCCGUUGGCCGUCAACUGGGCGAUGCCAUCGCCGACAUUUCUAGUAGCUGGUGGGGCUCCAAGAGGCUGGACUAUUCCCUCUACUGCCCUGACGUGUUGACCGCCUUCCCCACCGUGGCGCUGCCGCACCUGUUCCACGCUUCCUACUGGGAGUCCACUGACGUCGCCGCCUUUGUCCUUCGACAGCUCAUGCGGUGUGACUUUGUGAAGACGCAGGAAGCGGACAAUCUGGACUCGGCUCCCUUCUCGCCCUCCAGCCCUCGAGAAAAGUGGCUGCGACGGAGGACCCACGUCAAGCUGAGGAACGUGACCGCCAACCACCGGGUGAAUGAUGUCAUCGCCACCGAGGACGGACCUCAGACGCUGGUGGGCCGCUUUAUGUACGGCCCCCUGGACAUGGUGACGCUAACCGGAGAAAAGGUGGACAUUCUGCUGAUGACCCAGCCCCAGUCGGGGCGCUGGGUGCACUUUGACACGGAGGUUACCAACAGCAAUGGCCGGGUGACAUACACCAUACCCAACGACAAGAAGCUCAGCCUCGGAGUCUAUCCCAUUAAGAUGGUGGUCAAGGGCGAUCAAACAUCUGCCGAAGCCUACUUGACAGUGUUGCCCCGCGGCAUGGAGUGUGUAGUGUUCAGCAUCGACGGCUCCUUUGCGGCCAGCGUGUCCAUCAUGGGCAGCGACCCCAAGGUCCGCCCCGGAGCAGUGGACGUCGUCAGGCACUGGCAGGACUUGGGGUACUUGAUCAUUUACAUCACGGGUCGUCCCGACAUGCAAAAGCAGCGCGUGGUUUCCUGGCUAUCGCAGCAUAACUUUCCUCACGGCAUGAUCUUCUUCUCCGAGGGCCUUGUUCACGACCCAUUGCGACAGAAGACCAUCUUCCUCAGGAACCUCAUACAUGAGUGUCACAUCAAGAUCAACUCUGCCUACGGAUCCAUGAAAGACAUCAGCGUUUACAACAUGCUUGGUCUCGGGCCCCCUCAGAUCCACAUAGUAGGAAGACCUUCAAAGAAAUACCAAAACCAGUGCCAGUUCUUGAGUGAGGGCUACGCGGCGCACCUUUCCACCCUGCAAUUUGGCCACCGAGCGCGACCCAAGAAGUCGCCCUCGGUUCGCAUGGUCCUCAGGAAAGGCUCAUUUGGCCUCACCGCCAAACCGGACUUCCUGUGUAAGCGCACCCACCUACGCAGGACCAUGUCUGUCCAGCAGCCCGACCCCCCCUGCGCUCCCAACCCCAAGCCCGAGCGAGCCCAGAGCCAGCCGGAGUCAGACAAGGACCACGGAGGGGGAGGUGGGCAUGGCGUGUGGGGGCGGGGCGUCAUGCAUCGCGGGGACACCACUCCCUGACGCUGGGCCAGGAGACGGAUGGAUUGGAUGGAGGAUGGCGGGAGAGUCGAGGCUCAGAUCAGGGGACGCUGACUGUGACGACGGCGACGCAAUCACGGGCGAUGGCGCCGUGGUGGCGAGAGCCUGCGGGAGCAAAUAGUGCUGACGCGGCCACGCACAUUAAUCACAACUUUGCCGCCGAUGUGACAGACUUCAUUAACUCUCGCUCAUAUUUGCAGCAUGGUGCCGCCUCCUCCCCUCCCUUUUUUGGCGGAUGAGGCCUCACUUUUGUCUUAUUGCCUCAACUCGCCAAGCAUUUGGCAACGGUGAAGCGCAAAUUGCAAACUUGGAAAACAUCCCUGUUUGGACCAAUGGACACCAAAGCACUUUUUUCUCCCACACGUCUGCUGAACAUUGUACUUGGCUCUGCCUCUAAAGGUUGCACUACCAAAGUCUGAUGCAGUCAUUCUGAAUCACUGAAUUAUACAGUACCCCAGGUUGUGUUUGAGUUUGUUCAUUUCAAGGCAGCACAGUGCCCAUGUUCAAGGUUUCUCUUGGCUUGCCCCUUCUUGUGUGGAGGUGUUUUCCCUGUGCUUGUGUAUCUUUUCUCCGGGUACUCCGGCUUCCUCCCAGAUUCCUAAAACAAGCAUGUGAGAGCAUCAUUGAAGGCUCUGAAUUGGACAAGCACAACACAACAUGGUUUGAUGUGAUUUUCUAUUAUUUUAGAGGGAGCUUAUUUUUGUUUAUAUUAGAGAUAUAAGAUUAAGGUAUUUAUUUUAUUGACAUUAUCUGUCUUGGACACUAAAGGAACUAUUUUAGAUUUAUUUUUUUUAAAGCUGUAGUAUUUUUCUGUCUUCAUUUUUCUUGUGUUUUUGCUAUUUUUCUGAACUUGUUUUUAAAGUGCAGAUUUCUUUUUCAUUUGGUCGUUCCUGAUUUUAAAAACAUGCAUAUUAGGAUGACUGAAGACUCAAAAUCAGGGGUGUCCAAACUACGUCAUGGGGUCUAUUUGCGGUCAAUCAUCCAUUUUUCAGUUGCUCUCAGCAUAAAGUAUAUUAAAAAAACAUCACAUCACACGGCAUGCAAGGCGUUUUUUUUUAAAAGGGUAAAAGUGGGCAGAGUAAAAAGGGAGGGUAUUGAAUAAAUAGGUGCCACUAUUACUAAUAAAUAGUUUAUAUAUUGUAGAUAUUUUCUACAUAUGCACAUUUACAAAAAAACUAUUUCAGACUCAAAUAAUAACAUUAAUAAUGAGAUGAAUGAAGAUAAUUCAAUUUUAGAAACACAUUUAUGUCUUCCACUCACUGCUCUUUGUCAACGUCCAAUUCAUAAACACGAAUGAUCUUCAAGUAACUGUUUUAAAAUAAUGAACUUACUACAGUUUACACUUGUUUUUGUUCUAAAUAAGGAGAUGGGAUUUGGUUGCUGUUCAUUGCUGGGGUGGCUCUAUUCUAGCAGGAUACGGGGCUGUGGCCACCCCAAAAUCUUGAAAAUCCUAAACCAUUUGCCUUAUCACUUUGAACUCAAAGCUGUUAUGUAGCAUUGUUUUUCAAAUAGUGUAACUAGGAAAUAUAAAUAAUAUAAUUGCUUGCGUAAUUGAUUUCAGUAUGUGUGGCCUUUACAUCAUUUCUACAUGGCCUUCAAAUAAAAAAGUCUGGACACCCCUGCUCUAAAUUGUCAUUAGGUGUGAAAGUGAAUGCUUGGUUGUCUAUUUGAGGUUGUCUAUUUGCUUGUCAAUGGCAUCCAGUUCAGGGAGUGCCUUGUCUUUCAUCUAAUGUCGGCUGGGAUAUGCUCCAGCUCACUCACGACCAUAAUGAGGAUAAGCUCCGUUUUCAUUUCAAAUCAUCAGUUACGGGAAUAGCAAAGACUGCUUAUGAGCGAUUGUUCAUCUUAACACGAUGAAAAGCGUAAUAAGGCAAAAAGUGUUGCAGCAAGCACAGUUAUGAGAGCUAAUGUUAGCAUCAGUUGGCACAAUCUGACACAAUUAAGGCUGGCUUGCUUCAGAAAGAGUUUUUAGCAUUAGCAUUCCUUGUCCAAAGACGGCAGCAAUGUCCCCUUCUUUAUCUACAGGACUUAAGUGGAACACCAUUUACUGCUCAUUUUAACAAGAGAAAAAAUGCAAAAAUAUAUAUAUAUGCAAAAAUCUAUCCAAUUUGAAGUAUAAUUGAGUUGGAUUGUUGCAUGUAUGCAGAGACAAGCUGACUUGGAAAAAAAAUGGCUUUCUGUUGUCUCACAAAUUUGACUAGAAUUUUGGGAGAAAGACAGCGAUCCCUCGUUUAUCGCAGGAGAUGUGUUCCAGAACCACCCGUGAGAAUUGAAAAUCUGCGAUGUAAGAACAUAUAGGUAUUUCUAAGAAAUUUAAACACCAUUGUAUUGAAAUUAUCCCAAUAUUGUCCCACUUAUUGUUGUAGUUCCUAUUCACACACGAGAGGAGUUAGUCAAUCCAAUUGAAUCUGCCUGUGAACGUGUGCGUGUGACCACUUUGCAAACUAUUUUUCUAGAAGCAAAUACUGUAAAUAGAAAACAAAAUUUCAUCAUAUUUUGGGGCCUUGGAACAGGUCUCAACUUGUUUCGUUUUUUUGCCUUAAGUCUUAUGUAAAGUAUUUACACUGCUGUGCAAAGUGUGUUUUCUAGUUGAUGUCAUUUGUCUGUGUGUGCGCGAGAUGGAGCGCAAUCAAGUGAGACGGAAUGUGUGUGUGUGUGUGUGUGUUGUUGGUAUUUUUAUAGCGUUGAAGGAGGUUUUGAGUGAGCUGCUUGUGAUGUGUUUCACAUGAAUUUGAAGAAAGGGGUCAGAAGAAUAAGAGGCAACAAUCUGUAGCUCCUUUCCCCUCUUGUACAUGCUGUUAGUGUUAGUAAUUAGCUAAUUAAUUAUUCUGUGCGUGUGUGUGUGACUGACUCCCUGGAGUCUAAUUGCACCAGUGUUGCGUGUACCAUAAUGUGUAAAUGAUUGUAAUUGAGUGUACAAAAUGUUGCUAAAAGCAAUUAAAAAAUAAAAAGAUGGCAAAAUAUAACAAUAGUCAUAACAUGAAA